GUCAGGGUCAAGUGUCGGAGUUGGGUUGCUGCCUGUUUCCGGUGUUGUUUGUCAGCCGAGAUGAGCUCCAUCCUCGAUGAGUACGAGGAUUCACAGGCCCGGGCCUGCUUUCGGCCUCCUGGGUUUCCGUACCAACAGCACCGGCUGGGAAGCACAGGAAUUGGACAGUCCGGCUAUGUCAGUGCCCGACUGGAAGAGGAAAAGCCCAUCUUUUCCAAGCAGAGAAUUGACUUCACUCCUCCUGGUGCAAUCACCCACCUAGUGGUGUGCAACAAUCAGCUGUGCAUGAGUAUGGGCAAGGACACACUGCUCAGGAUUGAUCUUGGAAAACCAGACCAGCCAAACCAGGUUGAAUUGGGGCGCAAGGAUGAUGCUCGGAUCCACAAACUGUUCCUGGAUCCCUCGGGGUCUCAUCUCCUGAUCAGCCUCACCUCCAAUGAGUGUCUCUACCUCAACAGAAAUUCUCAGAAAGCGAAGAGCCUCUCUCGCUGGAAAGGACACUUGAUUGAGAGCGUUGGGUGGAACAAAUAUCUGGGCAAUGAAAGCAGCACAGGCCCCAUCCUGGUGGGAACCAGCCAGGGCCAGUUGUACGAAGCAGAGAUCAUCGUGUCAGAAGAGCGGCUUUUCGUCUCAAGUCCUGAUCAGCAUUUCAAGAAUGUGUACAAUCUGGAGGAGGAUGGAUCCCCUGCUCCAGUCUGCUGUCUGGAGAUUGAGCGAAGUGCUGACACCCGCCUCUUUGUCAUCGCCACCACUCGGAAGCGUUUGUAUCAGUUUGUGGGCAGGGCUCCAGAGAACCCUGAUCCACACAUGUUUCAGCCCAUGUUCAGUCAGUAUACCAACACCUUGCCCAGCUUCCAGGAGUUCCCAGCAAGCCUGGGCUACAGCGAGAUCUCUUUCUACACCUCUAAGCUGCGGUCUAGCCCUCGAUCAUUUGCCUGGAUGAUGGGCAACGGCGUGCUGUAUGGCACCUUGGACUUCACCCGGCCUGAUUCCCUUCUUAGUGAUGUACAGGUCUGGGAGUACCCAGGUGACAUCGCCCCUGAGCUGGAGCCCCCCCGGUCCAUCGUCCUCACCCAGUUUCACUUUCUGCUGUUACUUCCUGAUAGGGUGAAGGCCAUUUGCACACUGAACGGGCAGCUUGUCUUUGAGGAUGCCUUCCCUGACAAGUUCGGCCAACUCCUCCGUAUGGUCAAAGAUUCGGUGGCUGGGCUGAUAUGGAUAUACACGGAGAAGGCAGUGUUCCGUUACCACAUUCAGAAGGAAUCGCGGGAUGUCUGGCAGAUGUACAUGAACAUGGGGAAGUUCGAACUGGCUAAGGAGUAUUGCAAAGACCGUCCUGAGUGCCUGGACACUGUUCUUGCUAAGGAAGCAGAUCACUGCUUUCGAAACAAGAAGUAUGUGGAAAGUGCCAAGUACUAUGCACUGACUCAGAAGUACUUUGAGGAGAUCGCUCUUAAGUUUAUUGAAGCCAAGCAAGAGGAGGCCCUAAAGGAGUUUCUUCUGAAGAAGCUGAAGAACCUGAAGUUGGAGGAUAAGACACAGCUGACGUUGCUGGUGACUUGGCUUGCUGAAAUCUACCUGAACUGGCUGGGCACUCUUGAGGCAGACAAAGACAAGCAGAACCAAUUUGAGGCAACUAGGGAGGAGUUCCGCAAGUUCCUGAGUGGCUCCAAGAUAAAGGAGUGUCUCUUAAACAAUCGCUCAACUAUCUAUGACCUCCUCGCCAGCCAUGGCAAUGUGGAGGACAUGAUCUUCUUCUCUGUGAUUAUGCAGGACUACGAGCGAGUGGUGGCCCACCACUGCCAACAUGAUGGUUACAGUGCAGCACUGGAGGUCAUGUCCAAGUGCCAGGAUCCUGCUCUCUUCUACAAGUUCUCUCCUGUCCUCAUGCAGCAUAUUCCCAGGCAGGUGGUUGAUGCCUGGAUCAACAUGAGGAAGAGGCUGGAUCCCAAAAACCUCAUCCCGGCCUUGGUCAACUACAGCCAGAUUGGGAGCUCGGCGCAGGUCUAUGAAGCUAUUCGCUACCUUGAAUUUUGUGUACACCAACUGGAAGUGACAGACCAGGCCAUUCACAACUACCUGCUGUCCCUCUAUGCCAAGUACAAGCCCAAGGCCCUACUUUGGUACCUGGAACAGGCGGGCUCGAAUGCAGACUGUAUCCACUACGACCUCAAAUAUGCGCUACGUCUCUGUGCAGAGAAUAAACAGACACAGGCCUGUGUGCACAUAUACAAGACUAUGGAACUGUAUGAGGAGGCGGUGGACCACGCUCUCCAGAUGGAUGUGGACCUUGCUAAAUCAUGUGCGGACAUGCCAGAGGAUGAUGAGGAGCUCCGAAAGAAACUGUGGCUGAAGAUUGCCCGGCAUGUGGUUCAGGAGGAGAAGGAUGUGAAGAAGGCCAUGGUGUGUCUGUCCAGCUGCAACCUGUUAAAGAUUGAAGAUAUUCUACCCUUCUUUCCCAAUUUUGUGACCAUUGACCAUUUCAAGGAAGCCAUCUGCAGUUCUCUGCAGGAGUACAACAAGCACAUUGACGAGCUCAAGCAGGAGAUGGAGGAGGCAACUGAAAGUGCCAAGCGAAUCCGCGAGGACAUCCAAGAAAUGAGGAACAAAUUCGGGGUGGUGGAGUCUCAAGAGAAGUGUGCAUCAUGUGACUUCCCACUGUUGAACCGCCCUUUCUAUCUGUUCCUUUGUGGCCACAUGUUCCAUUCCGACUGCCUGCUGCAGGAAGUCAUCCCCCACCUUUCUCAGUUCAAACAGAAUAGACUGGAGGAGCUGCAGAGAAAGCUGGUUGCUGCUGGUCAGACUAAGUCCCGGCAACGCUGCAAGGAAGGAGAAGCCAGCGACCGGGGUCAGCAGUCCCGUGAUCAGAUCAAGUCAGAUAUUGAUGAUCUUGUGGCAGAUGAAUGUAUCUAUUGUGGAGAACUGAUGAUUAAAUCAAUAGAUAAACCAUUUAUUGACCCACAGAAAAGUGAGGAAGAGAACUGCUGGCUGUGAGUGUGUUUCUUGUGCUCACUAUUAUUGUUCCCUCAUGGCUGCUCUCUGCCUGAAACAUCAUUGCCUGGGAUUUCAAAGGUUUACUGCUAUGCUUUGUGAUUGUAAUUUUUGCUUCUAUUCUACAGCUUGUGUAGAUACCUCUAGCAGAAAAUAAAUGGAGACAUGCUUAAAGGUUUGUGUGCUCAUUCUGCUAUUUGUAGAACUGGGUGUGUAAACUUAAAAUGCAAGUCUGUUGCUCAUGCACAUGUUUCAAGAAGCAGUUAUAUUGUUUUUGGGCCAGGAUUAGGGGUGAAAACAGGAGCAGGACUGAAUUUUGAUCAGCUGUGAACAUAUUUAAAGCAUGGAGCAACCCAACAACUCUAUUUCAAACUACAAUCACUUUCAGAACAGAAUCUGCUCUCAGAACUAACAGCCUUGGACCAUGGUGGGAUAGUAUCAUCUCAGCUUGCCAGUGUCCUUUUGUAAUAAUCGAGUCAGAAAAGAAUUAGUUACAACUGUAUCUUGUUUUUUUUUUAAAAAAUCACUUUAAUAUCCAUGGAUCCAGCUCUGGAAUGAGGUGGGGAGUUUGAUAGUAUGUCUGUGAGCCAAUGGUUGUGUACAAAAUGUCUCCAUAGAUGCUGCCUGACCAGUGGAGUUCUUCCAGCAUUUUGUGCAUUGUGCUCUUGUUUUUAAUAACUAAUCAUUUAAGAAAGCUGAAUAUAAAACCUUUUCAUCAUGAAUAGCAAAUCUCAAAGGUGCUCAAGUUCUUUCUGAAUGAGACGGGGAGUUGUUAAACAGGAACCUGUAGACGUGACAAGUGCAUCAAGAAUGCAGCUUUGGAUGAAGUAUUCUACAGCACAGAAAUGGCCUUCUGCUCAAAAUGACCAAGUUGCCUACCUGAGCCAAUUCACCUGUAUUUGGCCAAUGUCCCUCUAAACUAUUCCUAUCCAAUUAAAUGUUGUAAUUGUACCUCUGUCCACCACUUCCGCUUUAUAACUCAUUCCACAUAGCCACCACUUCGUGUUAAUUCAGUACAGUAUACAAUAAAACACCACUCACAACACGCUGGAGGAACUCAGCAGGUCGGGCAGCAUCUGUGGAAACAAUCAGUCAAUGUUUCGGGCCGGAACCCUUCAUCAGGAC